AUGGCGCCCAAAAGAGCCCGCGACGAGGACCCGACAACCGGCGCCCCCGACAAGAAGAAGGCCAAGCACGGCUUCCGCGUUGGCCCAGCAAACCUUCCAGAUGGAGCGUGGAAGCGCAAAGCCGACAAGAUCAAGAAGGAGCUCAUCACCAAGUCCAAAGUCAAGAAGGAAUACGCCAAACUGAAAGCCAAGAAAGAAGCCGAAGCCGCAGCUGCUCCCGGUGUUCCCGUCGGACCUGUUCUAGACAUCCACAACGCCGAAGGUGACAACGACAACAACAACAACAACAACGCCCAUACAAUCACCGACAAGAACGACAACAUACAGGGAGAAGAUGUAGACGCUCCCGCGCCCAUCCACCCUUCGCGGCAAAUGCUCCUCGAAAAGGGCGCCGCCGUCAAAGCAGCUAGAGCCGCCGAACAAGAACAACGAACAACAACAACCAACGAAGAGGUACAGCAGGAUGGGAGCAACGGAGAAGAACAACAACAACAACAACAACAACAACAACAACAACAACAGAAGGAGGAACAACCAACAACGACCACAAAGCCAGCUGCCGACGACGACGGGGUCUACGUUCCCCCACCCAUGGACCCCAACAUGCACCCCUCGCGCCUACCCAAACGCCACCGCAAACCGAACUACUACGAGAAGGAGCUGGCGCUGGCCGAGAAGAAGAAGAAACAGGCCGAGGAAAGGGCGGCCGAGAUUGCGCGGCGCGAGGAGGAGAAGCGCCAGCGGAUUGCCGAGAGGGAGAAAUAUCGCAGGCAGAUGGCCAAGGCGAGGCAGCCCGGAGCGAGGGAUGGGAAGAUGAAGUUGGGGAGACAGGGGAAUUUGUUGUUGGAUAAGGUUAAGAGGAUUGUUGGACAGUGA